AUGGAUCCCGGUCCUCCUCCUGGGGGGCUCCUCCCGCCGCCGCCGCCGCCGCCGCGGCCGCCGCCGCCGCCGCUGCUGCUCGGGUUCCUCCUCCCCGGCUCAGCCUCUCGCAUUUCCCGCAGCCCCGGGAGCAGCAGCAGGUACCGGGAGAGGCGGCAACAUGGAGCGAGCCGCCCGCGGCGGGGAGGAGAAAGGGGCCGCGGCGCGGGGAGCGGCGGGCCCGCGGGGCCGGCGGGCGGGCCGGGGUCGCGCCCCUGGCGACUGCCCCUCCCCCGCGCGGGCCGCGUCAGGCGGGGCGGCGGCGGCGAAGUUUUGACAGCUGCUCCAGUUGUUGUUGUGGGUUCCGGGCUGCGCGAGCGCCGGCCCCUCAGCGCCCGCACCCGGCCUCCCGGGCAGAGGAGGAGGAAGUUUUGCGGACCUCUCAAACUCGCCGCCGUCUCUCCCACACACGGCCGCCGCGACGCCCCCACCCCCUCCCCCACUCCGCCGGCCCCACCGCCCCCCGCGCGCCGCCGCUGCCACUCACGGGGCUUGCUCCGCGCAUGCGCCGUCCGCGGACGCGCCGCCGCCGCUGACCUCACCGCCCCUCCCCCGCCCCCGCUCCCUCCUUCUCUGACGCGGCGGCCGGGCUGCGCCGCGACUCCGGCUCCGGCUCGGGCUUGGGCUCCUGCUCGGGAGAGCGCCAAGCUGCGGUCAGGGAGUCCGGGAUCGGGGUCCGGGGACUCCGCGGAGGGAGAGCGAGGAAGAGGAGGGCCGCGUCCGCGCUCCGCAGGCGCUGGGUCCCCCCGGACGAGCGGGCGGAUCGGUGUCCGGGACGCCUCGCUGCUGUUCCUAGCGCGUCUGCGGCCGUGUGGGCCCCGCUCUCCGCCGGCGAUGGACAGCAGAGCCUCUUCGGCCCAGGCGCUGCCGGAGCGGCUUGGGACUCCGGCGGCGGCGGCGGCGAAGGACCUGCUGAGCAGCGUGGCCGCGGCGCACACGUUGGCCAGGGUCCUGCGGCCCUGCUACGGCCCUCACGGCCGGCAGAAGCUCCUCGUCACCGCCAAAGGAGAAACCGUGUUCACGGGGUACGCCACGGCCAUCCUCCGCGCGCUGGAGCUGGAGCACCCCGCCGCCCGGCUUCUGCGGGAGGCGGCCCAGGCCCAGGCGGAGCAGAGCGGCGACGGCGCGGCCUUUGUGGUGCUCCUGGCCCAGGCCUUGCUGGCGCAGGCGGAGCGCCUGCUGCGGGCCGGCCUGCCACGCGCCCAGCUCCGGGAGGCCUACGCCGCGGCGGCCGCCGAGACGCUGGCCCUGCUGCCUUCCCUGGCCAUCCGGUCCCUGGGGCCGCUGGAGGACCCGCUCUGGGCCCUCUACUCGGUGAUGAACACGCACGCGCUGCUGCAGACCGACUACCUGAGCAAGAUGGUGGCGCAUGCGUGCUGGGCGACCAGGGAGCUGGACGGCGGCUUCCAGCCCGAGCGCGUGGGGGUGUGCGCGCUGCCCGGGGGUAGGCUGGAGGACUCGUGCCUGCUCCCCGGCCUGGCCCUGCCCGGCAAGCCCUGCGGCCAGGUGACCAUGGUGCUGAAGGGCGCCCGGGUGGCUCUCUUGGCUUGCGCCUUUGGCCCCGCCAGUCCAAAUGCACCUGCAACUGCUCGUCUAACUAAUCCUGCUGACCUGACCAAAUUCAGGAAAGGGAAAGAGCAAUUGCUAGAAAAGCAAGUGGCCCAGCUGGCAGCUGCGUAUAUUAAUGUGGUGGUGGUUUGGGGGGAAAUUGAUGAGAAGACCCUAACACACGCUGACAAGUACGGCAUCAUGGUGAUCCAGGUGAACUCCCGGCGGGAGAUGGUUUACCUGAGUGCCGUUUUGGGCACACCUCUGAUGCCUUAUCUGCUUCCUCCCCUGGAGCCAGGGAAGUGUCAGAGGGUGUACGGGCAGGAGCUGGUACAAGGUUUGGCUGUGGUGUUUGAGUGGGAAUGUCCAGGCACCCCUGCCCUCACCUUGGUCCUCAGGGGGGCCACCACUGAGGGGCUGCGGGGUGCUGAGCAGGCUGCCUACCAUGGCAUUGAUGCUUACUUCCAGUUGUGUCAGGACCCCAGACUGCUUCCGGGAGCUGGGGCCACGGAGAUGGCUCUGGCAAAAAUGCUCAGAGAGAGAGGAACCAAAUUGGGAGGGCCCAGUGGUCCCACCUUCCUGGCAUUUGCCCAGGCCCUGCAGUCUCUCCCCGAAACCUUGGCAGAGAAUGCAGGUUUAGGCGUCUCAGAGGUGAUGGCAGAAAUGAACGGAGCUCACCAAGCUGGGAACUUCCUAACAGGAGUCGGAGUCGAAGGGAUAAUAAAUGUGGCCCAGGAAGAGGUGUGGGACAUCCUAAUAGCCAAGGCCCAAGGACUUCGAACCGUGGCUGAUGUGGUACUACAGCUCCUGACUGUCGAUGAAAUUGUAGUAGCCAAGAAAAGUCCCACGCAUCAGCAGGGCUUGAAUCCUGAUCCUAAGAAGGCAAAGGAACAAGCAUCUCCCAUUGGGAAAAAAAGUCCUUGGGGCCAAUAA